AGCCCACCACCUGUGCGCCUGCCCACCCUACAUCCCCAGGCCACUCGCCAUGGGCGGCUGCUUCUCCAAGCCUAAGCCAGUGGAGCUCAAGAUUGAGGUGGUGUUGCCCGAGAAGGAACGCGCCAAGGAAGAGCUGUCAGCCAGUGCCAAGAGCAGCCCCCGGGCUUACCCGGGCAACGGCACAGCCCGCCACUUCCACUCUGAGGAGCGCCUGACCACCGCCCACCCCUAUCCCAGUGCCCAGGACUACCUGGAGGCUGCUGUCUGCCACUUCAAGGACCUGGAGAAUGGCCAGAUGCGCGAGGUGGAGCUGGGCUGGGGGAAGGUACUGCUGGUGAAGGAGGCCGGUGAAUUCCAUGCCCUGGGCCACAAGUGUCCGCACUAUGGGGCGCCCCUGGUGAAAGGGGUGCUGUCCCGAGGCCGAGUACGCUGCCCUUGGCAUGGUGCCUGCUUCAACAUCAGCACUGGGGACCUAGAGGAUUUCCCAGGCCUGGAUAGUCUGCCCAAGUUCCAGGUGAAGGUGGAGAAGGAGAAGGUGUAUGUCCGGGCCAGCAAGCAGGCCCUGCAACUGCAGCGAAGGACCAAGGUGAUGACCAAGUGUAUCUCCCCGAGCCUGGGCCACAGCGGCAGCACCAACGUGCUCAUUGUGGGAGCAGGGGCAGCUGGCCUUGUGUGUGCAGAGACGCUGCGGCAAGAGGGCUUCUCUGACCGGAUUGUCCUGUGCACGCUGGACCGACACCUCCCCUACGACCGGCCCAAGCUCAGCAAGUCCCUAGAUGCACAGCCUGAGCAGCUCACCCUCCGGCCCAAGGAGUUCUUCCGAGCCUAUGGCAUUGAAGUGCUCACGGAGGCGCAGGUGGUCACUGUGGAUGUGAAGAACAAGAAGGCAGUCUUCAAGGACGGCUUCAAGCUGGAAUACAGCAAGCUGUUGUUGGCACCAGGGAGCAGCCCCAAGACCCUGAGCUGCAAAGGCAAAGAGGUGGAGAAUGUAUUCACCAUCCGGACGCCGGAGGAUGCCAACCGCGUGGUGAGGCUGGCCCGGGGCCGCAACGCUGUUGUCGUGGGAGCUGGCUUCCUGGGGAUGGAGGUGGCCGCCUACCUGUCGGAGAAAGCUCAUUCAGUGUCUGUGGUGGAGUUGGAAGAAACGCCCUUCAGGAGAUUUCUGGGGGAGCGGGUCGGCCGGACCCUUAUGAAGAUGUUCGAGAACUACCGGGUGAAGUUCUACAUGCAGACGGAGGUGUCGGAACUGCGGGCUCAGGAGGGAAAGCUGAAGGAGGUUGUGUUGAAGAGCAGCAAGGUUGUGCGGGCCGAUGUCUGCGUGGUGGGCAUUGGCGCUGUGCCUGCCACGGGCUUUCUGAAGCAGAGUGGCAUCUCUCUGGACAACCGAGGCUUCAUCCCGGUCAACAAGAUGAUGCAGACCAGUGUCCCAGGUGUGUUUGCGGCCGGCGACGCCGUCACCUUCCCGCUGGCCUGGAGGAACAACCGCAGGGUCAACAUCCCACACUGGCAGAUGGCGCAUGCGCAGGGCUCGAGUCUUGCAGGACGGGUGGCGGCCCAGAACAUGCUUGCACAAGAGGCUGAGAUCGGCACAGUGCCCUACCUCUGGACGGCCAUGUUUGGCAAGAGCCUUCGUUAUGCUGGUUACGGAGAAGGAUUCGACGAUGUCAUCAUUCAGGGGGACCUGGAAGAGCUGAAGUUUGUGGCUUUUUACACCAAAGGCGAUGAGGUGAUCGCUGUGGCCAGCAUGAACUACGACCCCAUCGUGUCCAAGGUGGCCGAGGUGCUAGCCUCGGGCCGAGCCAUCCGGAAGCGAGAAGUGGAGCUGUUUAUGCUGCACAGCAAGACUGGUGACAUGUCCUGGCUCACAGGCAAAGGAUCUUGAGCUCACAAGAAGCAGACCUGGGCAGACUGUCUGGGGCGCUGAGGACAGAGUCCACAUAUCUAGGGGGCAGGUGCCAACCUUCAAUUUUCCAGGAUUCCCCAGAGCAGAAUCUGAGCCCUCCCACCAUUCACCUUCCAUGGCCCAGCUCCCCCGUUGAGAGGCCUGAGUUUCCACAUGCAGUAGGGGCUGACACUGGAGGCCAGUGGCGACUGGCUCCUUGCAACAUCUUAGAUAUGAUGUUAAAAUUAAAAUGCACACAUUUGUA